AUGUCAUUCAAGGAGGCUCUAAGUGAAGUUUCCAAAGGAGUUUUUAUCAAACUGGUAUGUCCCGAAUGGCUGAUGGGAUUCUGGGAGAAGACACGUAAAGUGAAAUUGGCGUUUGACAAAUUGGACGUAUGCUCAUCAACUUUUCCUGUUGCAACCUCUAUUGAUAAUCUGCUUUCUGCUUUAGCAAUAUAUGCAGAGAAGAAAGAAGAGCAUUACAAUCUUUUUAGCAGUCUUAUGGAUGUGAACGACUCUCCAGGUUUUGGGCAAGCUCCGCUGACUGAGCAGGAGGUGAUAGGAAAUAUAUUCAUUUUCCUGAUUGCUGGGCAUGAGACAACUGCACAUGCUCUGGCAUAUACAUUAGGGCUUUUGGUGUUGUACUAG